AUAUUGGAAUUGGUCCGCGAUGGGAAUAAAAGUGUAGCUGAACUUAUGGAUCUUGGGCGACAAAUUUUGGGAAGGAGACAAGUUCUUCCAUCUGUUCCUUAUCUCAUGGAUUCAGUUCAGGUUGAGGGGACCUUUCCAGACGGGACAAAGUUGAUAACGAUCCAUGAUCCUAUAUCAAGUGAAAAUGGAAAUUUGGAGCUAGCUUUACAUGGGUCUUUUCUUCCAGUUCCAUCUCUAGAUAAGUUUCCAGACCUUGAAGGUUGUAAAAUUCCUGGUGAACUAAUAUUUGGACCAGGACGUAUUACAAUCAACUUAGGAAGGAAAGGUGUAGUUCUCAAAGUGGCCAACACUGGUGACAGACCUAUUCAGGUAGUUGGGAGUCAUUAUCACUUCAUUGAAGUCAAUCCGUACAUGGUUUUUGAUAGGAGAAAAGCAUAUGGCAUGCGCCUAAAUAUCCCUGCAGGAACUGCUAUUCGCUUUGAGGAGUACUCACAAACUCACAAAACUCAAUAUAUGAUCAACAUGAGCAAUGUCUUACUUGGUAAUAGUAAGAUAAACCUAAGUGCCCUCAAUAUGCCUAUAUUGAGAAGGAUCCUCAAGAGGUAUACCGUCAGUAGGAUAAAGUUGCAAGACCACAUUACCUUGGCUGUCCGAAAAGUGGAAAGGCUUAUAAUCAUAAUCAUAGACUGCUUGACACGGUUGACGAUAACAACCAUCACUUUUCCAUCAUUCAUUAUUAGUCUACCAUAUGCUGAUUACUGUUAUCAGCCAUUCGGGUGCAUCCUUAGUCAAGUGGAAAGCCAGACCAUAAACAGUUUCAACAAAAAAAGCUCACUCUCGAUAAUUCUGACCAUCAAGACAAAACGGAUACCAAAAACCUCCCGAAUGAAAAAUAUGAGAAUGCCGACGCGCCAUCACGCGCCUGUGCGUGAGGAUGGCCGUAGGUUGUUCCGGCGGCGCGUGGGACCCACACGCUCAGACUCCGGCAACGAAAAUGACCAGAAGGUCGAUUCAAGGGAGGCGAGGCUAUUGGUGUGGGAGGUGAGAUCCGAAUGUUAUCCUAUUUGUGUGGCUGAGAUGCCAUGUUACAAACCUGGGUUUCUGAAUUUGCGCAUCACUACAAUGGUGGGAGGUGGCACAGGACCAGCUGAUGGAACGCGUGCUACUACUUGCACUCCAGCACCAUUUCAUAUGGAACUAAUGUUGCAAUCAACAGACGACUUGCCUCUCAAUUUUGGUUUUACAGGGAAAGGAAAUUCCUCCAAAGAAGAGGGUCUACAUGACAUAGUGAAAGCUGGAGCUAUGGGAUUGAAACUUCAUGAGGACUGGGGAACUACUCCAGCAGCAAUAGAUAGAUGUUUAUCUAUUGCGGAAUUAUACGACAUUCAGGUUAAUAUUCAUACCGACACAUUAAAUGAGUCUGGGUUCGUUGAGCAUACAAUUGCAUCAUUUAAAGAUCGCACUAUUCAUACUUACCACAGUGAAGGAGCAGGUGGCGGUCAUGCUCCAGAUAUUAUCAAAGUUUGCGGCGUGAAAAAUGUUCUCCCCUCUUCAACUAAUCCCACACGUCCUUACACCUCCAAUACUGUGGAUGAGCACCUUGAUAUGCUUAUGGUCUGCCAUCACCUUGACAAGAAUAUUAGAGAGGAUGUUGCAUUUGCCGAGUCACGAAUCCGUGCAGAAACCAUAGCUGCAGAAGACAUCUUGCAUGACAUGGGGGCAAUAAGCAUCAUAUCAUCUGAUUCCCAGGCCAUGGGUCGCAUUGGGGAGGUAAUUUCCAGAACUUGGCAAACUGCCCACAAAAUGAAGUUAGUGAGAGGACCACUUGAAAACAGUUCACCAGAAAAUGAUAAUUUGCGUAUCAAGCGAUACAUCGCAAAGUACACCAUUAAUCCCGCUAUAGCUUGUGGAUUUUCUGAUCAUGUUGGAUCUGUUGAGGUAGGCAAGUUGGCUGAUCUUGUUUUAUGGAAGCCGUCAUUUUUUGGAGCCAAACCAGAAAUGGUGUUAAAAGGAGGCACUAUAGCUUGGUCUAAUAUGGGCGAUCCGAAUGCGAGCAUCCCAACUCCAGAACCGGUAACAAUGAGGCCCAUGUUUGGAGCAUUUGGCAAAGCUGCGAGUGCCAAUUCAAUUGCAUUUGUCAGUGAGGUUGCUCUUUCUUCUGGAGUAAAAGAGCAAUAUGGACUGAACAAGAGAGUUAAAGCUGUAAGUAACGUGAGGAAGCUGACAAAGCUUGACAUGAAGCUUAAUGAUGCCCUCCCACAAAUUACGGUCGACCCUGAGACGUACACUGUCACAGCAGAUGGCACGGUUCUUACCUGCCCACCUGCUCCUACGGUCCCAUUGUCACGAAAUUAUUUUCUCUUUUAG